CACCGGCGCUUCACGGCCUUCCGCCAUGUUACCCUGCAUCUCGUUCCAUUGCCGGUGUUGUAAUCGAUUUUGAUAACACCCAUUAUAAGCUUCUCUCGUCCUUAGUUGAACCGUAAGGUAUUACUUGCUCGUAGGUCAUCACGGUCCUUCGGUCAGAACUUAAGCAAUGGAACUCCAUCAAUAUCCUACACAAAACUACAUGCAACCGGCUGGCCAAAAAAACUCGGCACCCCCUCAUCACUUUGUUCAACAACCUCUGGCGACCGGUUUGCCCAUUGCCUCAACGGACCAACAAUAUCCUCCCCAGACCUACAUGCAACAUGCCGGCCAACCGAACUCGGCACCCCCUCAUUACUUUCCUCAACAAGCUCCGGAAACUGGUUUCCCCAUCGCCACAACGAACCACCACGUCCAUUACCCUUCCCAAAACUACAUGCAGCAGGAUGGCCAGGUCCCUUGGUCAACAGGACUCUACGACUGCUUCUCUGAUGUUCCAAACUGUUGCAUAACAUUCUGGUGUCCCUGUAUCACCUUCGGACAAAUUGCUCAUAUUGUCGACCAUGGAUCAGUCCCUUGUGAAGUAUGUGCAGCAAUCUAUGCAGUCAUCAGAGUGUUCACGGGGUUCCCUUGCAUCUUAUCCUGGUUCUACCGCUCCAGAAUGAGGAGUCGUUACAUGCUGGAGGAGAGUCCCUGCAACGAUUUCUGCGUUCAUCUCUGGUGCGAGUACUGCGCCUUGUGCCAAGAAUAUCGCGAGCUCAAGAACAAUGGCUUCCACAUGUACCACGGAUGGCACGGAAACACGGCGGGGCAGCAAAAUCGUGGCAUGCCCAUGCAACCGGCUCCGGUGAUGGAAAGUGGCAUGAAAAGAUGAGACAUAACUCUUUUCACCAAAAGGAAUUGGCCACAAAACAAUACAUAG